GUUCUAUGCGCAAUCCAGUCAUUUAUAUAGAUCAGUGGUGCCGCUGCAACUUGCCUCGUGAAGGGUGACCUCCGAAGUGCGAGCAGAGGAGUUACUGUCAUUCUGAACGACCGAACCAACUGGAAAAUGGCUGAGCCUAUUAAAGUCCUGGUCACUGGUGCCGCAGGGCAGAUAGCCUAUUCUUUGCUGUUCGGCAUUGCUAAGGGAGAUGUCUUCGGCAAAGAUCAGCCGCUUACUUUGGUUAUGUUGGACAUAACUCCCAUGUUGCCUGUACUGGAUGGUGUGGUUAUGGAGCUGCAGGACUGUGCCCUCCCACUUUUGAAAGAGGUCAUCUCAACUGAUAAAGAGGAAGUUGCAUUCAAAGAUUUGGAUGCUGCCAUCCUGGUGGGCUCCAUGCCAAGGAGAGAUGGUAUGGAGAGAAAGGACCUGCUAAAGGCCAAUGUUGCCAUUUUUAAGUCCCAGGGAGCAGCACUUGACAAGUAUGCCAAAAAGACAGUUAAGGUUCUUGUUGUUGGUAACCCAGCUAACACCAACUGCCUGAUUGCAGCUAAAUCUGCUCCCUCCAUCCCCAAAGAGAAUUUCUCCUGUCUAACACGCCUAGACCACAACAGGGCUUGUUCUCAGGUGGCAAUGCGCUGUGGCAUUACAGCAAACUGUGUGAAGAAUGUGAUCAUCUGGGGAAAUCACUCCUCCACACAGUACCCUGAUGUCCACCACUGUAAGGUGAAUGUGCAGGGAAAGGACGUGGCUGCCUUUGAUGCAGUGAAGGACGAUGCCUGGCUAAAGGGAGAUUUUAUUUCUACAGUGCAGCAGCGUGGCGCUGCCGUCAUUAAGGCAAGGAAGCUUUCCAGUGCCAUGUCAGCAGCCAAGGCCAUCUGUGACCACAUGAGAGACAUUUGGACAGGCACUCCUGAGGGUACCUUCAUCUCUAUGGGUGUCUACUCCAAUGGAAACUCUUAUGGAAUACCCGAGGACCUCAUUUACUCAUUCCCUGUUACAAUCAAGGAUAAAGCCUGGAAGUUUGCUGAUGGACUGGCCAUCAAUGACUUCUCAAGAGCCAAGAUGGAUGCAACAGCAGCUGAAUUAGUAGAAGAAAGAGACACUGCUGUCUCUUUCCUGGGUGUGUGAUUAGAACCCCAACCAUCUACAUCGUACGUAGAUGCCCAGAAUACUCCAAAAGCACGUCUUUAAACACUCCCGAAGAUCUGUUUUUUUUCUUCCUUAAAGCUCUUUCAAAAAUUCUAAUACUGUGGUAUCUGUACCUUAAAUAGUACUGUAUUUAAUUCUUAGCCAGAGUGCCAGAUCAACUAAAUCCAGAAUAGUAGCUAAAAAUUCAGAAAUGGAUUUUAGUUCCCACUAUGUAGUAGGCCUUUGGUUGCUUUCCUUCCUGUUUUUGGUCCUUUAUCUCACUACAGCUCUUAGGAAGGACAAAAAAUAAUAUCGUUCUAGUAUCAGUAUUUAGAGUACAUCAUCUAAUUCAAACUGGAGCUGCAUUAAGGAGUACUAAAGUCUGGAGAGAACACCAUAUAUAAGAAUUAGGUUCAUCUGUGUCAUUAUUUAGCCCUUACACGGAAAUCUCAACUGUUACGUGUCUGACAGGAGUUUGUUGGAAAUUAUGGAGAAAUGUUACUGUUAAAACAAUGCAAACAAGUUAAAUGGAAGUGCAAUUACUGUUACAAAUAUGUACAUGUAGAAUACAACAAUAAAACCUGGACAUUAAAAUUCA